GAUAUAGAUUUUUAUAUUUAUUUAAUUUAAUUGAAGGCUAAACUCAGUGUGAAUAUCCCCAAAAUAUCGUAUUUUUUAAAUUUGAUUUUUACCAGUGGUUGCCAUGGCUGUGAAUAAAGACAUAGAAUUGAAAAGUUUUUUCAUAUUCAAUUCAUUAUUUGGCCCCAAAGAGGGGGAGGAACUUCAAAAACUUCUAUACUACUACCCAACUACUGAUAAUACUGACAUUCAAAUAGAAAGUAUUGGCCUAGUAGAGGGUAUCAUUAAAUUUACUGAAACGUUCAGCCCCAGUUCUCCAGUAGGCUCCCUGCAUACAGCGAAAUUCAAACAGCUUUAUUUUCAACCAGAGCCUAACUAUUGGAUUGUCAUGAGCCUCACAGUACCUAUAGCCACCAAGACCAAAGAAAACAUAACAUCUCCUGAAUAUCUAGAAGACGACCUUCAGGAAAAUGUUUAUAGUCCAGUUUUAAAGCAAAUGUAUUAUAUGUAUAGACUAUUCUGGGGCACCCUUGAAGACACUUUUCAGAAGUCUGGUGUGGAUGUCUUAAAAGGGCGUUUAGAAACGUUUUUUAACGCUUACUUGAAGUCACUUAAAAUUGAGCAUGUAGACAUCCUAAGCAUUUUUAGAGGCAUGCAAUACUUACCCUUGGAUAAACAGACAUUCCUUAAGGUUCAGUGUUUUGUUAAUGCCCUUGAGUCUAAAUGGCAAAACAUAGCACACAGUGCAUUUCUUUAUAAUGAGCAUGUCAUAUGGAGUGGCGUGGAACCAAAUGAUAUGCAAAUGAUUUAUCAGUAUCUUAUAGGCACCUUGUUGCCUGCUAAUGUGGAAACAGAGCUACAGGGAGGCUCUAUGCCAAGAAAUUCUCCAUCUCCUUUUUCCUUAUGUUAUGGGAGGUUUAUAACUGGACCCACCAAUUUAAAGCAGGCAAAAACCACUGGGAAAAUUCCAAAAAUUUAUUUUUAUAGUGAUGCAGGUGUCAAGGAAUACCAUUUAGUGGUUUACAGGGCUCUUAGUGCUACUGUAUGUCUGUUUAUUGAAGGUCAAAUAGAAUUAAAAUUAGAAGAUUUUAAAUCCAUGGAUGAAUACAUCAAUCCCAAAUUAACUUUAAUAGUAAAUGAUAUAGCGGAGUACUGUUCCAAACAAGUGGUAACCCCUUCAAACAUUCCAGAAAGUACCCCAAAAUAUAUAUAUUUCAAUAAGCUUAAUUUGGCUUAUAAAAGCACUGUACAUUUAGAUAACAAACAAUCUGGUAAUAUUGCUUGCAGUAAAGAGUCUCUAAGGAUAAUGGCAGAUAUGAACAGGAGCAAUAGCUUUUUGGGACCAGCAGGUGAAAAUAUUGUUAAAACCACCAACGAUUAUUGGGUGUUUAGUAAAACGUCAAAUUUAAGGGAAUUUUAUAUUGUAUUACAACAGAAGAAUGCUAGUUUGAUUGGAAUGAGUGAGGAAGUUAAGAGGCUGUGCGAAACUGAACUAGGAGGCAUCUUCUUUCAUCCUAUGUGACCUUGGAUUUUCCUUAGUAAUUUUAAUAGAAUUAACAUGUAAAGUGUAUAUAUUUAUAUCAUAUUGUAUAUAAAGCAGAACAAAAAUAUAUUCGUAAACAAUGA